AUGGGAAGCAUCAUAUGCGCGCGUCGUGCCGCGAAGACAGUGCAGGGCUCUCAUGUGUUCAAAAUCUCAGGCUACAGCCUGCAACGGGAGCGCCUCGCGGUGUCCAGCAGAUCGGCCGUGUUCACCGUCGGAGGCUACGACUGGCAAAUUCACUUCUUUCCCGGUGGAGUCAUCGAUUGCUGCAAAGACUACGUGGCGGCGUACGUCUUCUUAGAGAGCAAGAACAAGGACAUCAGCGUGAGGGCAUCCUUCCAGCUCAGUCUGGUGGACGUCACUGGGUCUGCGCCGCCGCGUACCUUGACAACAGGGGCAACAGAGCUGAAUACCACCGAUAAACCAUGCGCCGGCCUUCACAAGUUCAUGAAAAGAAGUGAGCUAGAAGGGUCGCCUUACCUUCGCGAUGAUCACCUCACCAUCGAGUGCGUCGCAGAGAUCGCUAAGGCGCCGCCGCCUUCCGACAUUGUGGAGCAUCUUGGAAAGUUGUUGCGGGAGAAAGAUGGCACCGACGUGGUUCUCGAGGUUGAAGGAGACGCUUUUCCUGCUCACAAGAUAGUGCUUGCAAUGCGGUCGCCGGUCUUCAAAGCGGAGCUGUAUGGUGCGAUGAGAGCAAAGGACAUGAGUCGUAUUACCAUCAGUGACAUGCACCCCGCCGUGUUUGAGGUCCUGCUCCAUUUUAUCUACAAUGAUUUGCUACCCGCCAUGGAUGAUCUUGGCCAAGAUGACUACAAAGAGAUUAUCAGGCAUUUGCUUGUUGCUGCCGAUCGGUAUGCCAUGGAAAGGCUGAAGAUUAUAUGUGAGAGCAUCCUUUGUGAAAACAUUGAUGUGAAGACCGCGGUACCUACAUGGGCUUUAGCGGGUCAGCAUCAAUGUGGUAGGUUGAAUGAUGGUUGUGUUCAGUUUAUUUGGUCGUUGAGUACAACAGAGCUGGAUGAUGUGAUCGCAAGUCAGGGAUACGCUGAGCUCAAAGCAACGUGUCCUUUGGCUGUAGUGGAACUAUGGGAGAUGACACGUAGGGUCAGCAGAUCAAAGUCUUCAUUUCAAGUCGGCGGUUCGAUUGCAUAA